GGGCUUGCGUUUCCGGUGCGCGGAGCAGAAGCAGCGGCCGGAGGCUCGGAGCAGCGGCCGAGGGGCGGGCGACUGGGGCGGUCGACUUGGGCCGCGGCCUGGGCGGAGUCGGAGCCAUGGAGCCGCCGCUGCCGGGCUAGGGAGGGCUGGCGCCGCGGGGCCCGCGGCGAUGGCGGGCUACGCGCGUCGCCCCGGCGUCACCCCGCUGUCCCGGGCCCGGAGCCUCGUCAUUCCGGACGCUCCCGCGUUCUAUGAGCGCCGGUCUUGUCUCCCCCAGCUAGACUGUGAGCGCCCCCAAGCCAGGGACCUGGAGUCCCACUUCUUCGGCAUUCGGCCGACGUUUAUGUGCUAUGUGCCCAGUCCGGUGCUAGCUUCCGUGGGAGACACAGAUUUGGGCUAUGGAAAGGGGAAAGGCACUAUGCACGGUCCAUCAGGAGCCCAGAACACACACUUUGGAGGUGAGAAACUUGGAGAUCUUGAAGAGGCAAAUCCAUUCUCCUUUAAAGAGUUUCUGAAAAGCAAGAACCUUGGCCUGUCGAAAGAGGAUACUGACAGCAGAAUUUAUUCAAAGGAAGCCACGAGGCACUCGCUGGGACUCGGCUGCAGCUCCCCCACCUCCCAGGCCAUGGGGUAUGGCCUGGAGCAUCAGCAGCCGUUUUUCGAAGACCCGACGGGGGCUGGCAACCUCCUGGACGAGGACGAGGACGAAGGGUGGGACGGGGCCUACCUGCCGUCUGCUGUAGAGCAGACCCACUCCUCCAGGGUUGCCGCCAGCACGUCGCCCUGCAGCACCUAUGUCUCCUUUUUCUCCAACCCGUCGGAGCUGGUGGGGCCUGAGUCUCUGCCUCCGUGCAUGCUGAGCGACUCCGACUCCCGCGUCUCCCCAGCCGGGAGCCCCAGCACCGACUUCACAGUCCACGGAGAGUCUCUGGGGGACAGGCACCUUCGGACACUGCAGAUAAGUUACGAAGCACUGAAAGAUGAAAAUUCUAAGCUAAGAAGAAAGCUGACCGAGGUUCAGAGCUUCUCUGAAACUCAAACAGAAAUGGUGAGGACGCUCGAGCGGAAGUUAGAAGCGAAAAUGAUCAAGGAGGAGAGUGACUACCAUGACCUGGAGUCGGUGGUGCAGCAGGUGGAGCAGAAUCUGGAGCGCAUGACCAAACGGGCAGUAAAGGCCGAAAAUCACGUCCUAAAACUGAAACAGGAAAUCAGCUUGCUCCAGGCGCAGGUCUCUAACUUCAAGCACGAGAACGAAGCCCUGCGGUCAGGCCAGGGUGCCAGCCUGGCAGUGGUGAAGCAGAACACCGACGUGGCCCUGCAGAACCUCCGCGUCGUCAUGAACAACGCGCGCGCCUCCGUCAAGCAGCUGGUUUCUGGAGCUGAAACGUUGAAUCUUGUUGCUGAAAUCCUUAAAUCUAUAGACAGGAUUUCUGAAAUUAAAGAUCAGGGAGAGGAGUCUUGAGACCCACGGAGGUGCUUCCAGCUCACGGCUCUGUUUACAUCCUGAAACCAUUACCCGAUGGAUUCCAACAUGCCACCAUGUCUCUGAAUGUGCAGUCUUCACACACAGUAAAGAUACCUAUCACAAGAUACUAAUUUCACGGCCUGGAACAGUAUCAUGAGCCGCACACAGGGAGGAGCAGCCCCUGGAUGCGAGAGCCGCACCUGUGCUCCGUGUAGCCCUCCUUGGUGAGCUACGGGCGCUGAUCAUCUGCUGGAAGACACUUCUAUAAAAGCCGGUGCUUUUUUUUUAGAGUUACUAAACAAAAACAGCAAUUCUGUGAUGAGUGUUUUCCAUUGUCAUUCUAGAAUAUGAACUGUAAGAUAAGUUUCGUAAGUAGAGAAAAACACUAAAUGAGUCACAACGUAAGCGCUCGCCUCAAACAGGGACCUCUGCCUUACUGGUGGUGCUCUGCACCCCCUCUGGCUCACAGCCCACUCCUUCAGCUUCGGGGUGGGGGUGGGGGCUCCUGUGGUUGGUGACCUGAGCGUGGAUGCCCCACGAGGUGGUUGCCAUUAUCUUCCCACAGGGAUCAAGGUCAGCACGGGCAUUCCACGGUGGGGCACCACCUAAGUGCACUGGAAAACUGGUUUUGGCUGGAGGGUUUUGCUACGCAUUCCAAGCGGCAUCUUGGAUGGCAUGUAGGAUUCAGGGAC